CUGGGAGCAUUGCGCGCCUGCAUCGCCGUCUUGGCAGCUGCAGGCCACGACCGUUGCGCAGGGCGACCUCGUCUGCCUUGUGCUUUCUACCCCGUGCCCGUCCUUAUUCUCACCCUUGUCCCCUUUGUCACCCUCCCCCUAAACCUCGCCCUCGUCCCAUUCCUCAUCCCCACUUGGCUCCCGGCAGCCCGCCGGGGGCUUCUUGCACUCCUGCUGCUGGGAGCUGCAAGCAGGGCCAUGCCGUGGCUUCUGAGCAAGAAGCGACGGCAGUCGCCCUCCAGCAGCAGCAGUGGGCAGCCCUGGGCUGCCACCAGCUCCAGCAGCGCCUCCCAGCUCCGGGAGCAGGGGCUGGGCAGGCUGCACCGCGCGGCCGCCCGCGGGGACCUGGGCUGGCUGAGGCGCUGGCGCUGGUACAUGAAGGUAGUCGGCAUCGACAGGCCAGACCAGGAGAUGCGGACACCUCUGCAUCUGGCUUCGGCCAAUGGCCAUGCAGAUGUCGUGAGAUAUCUGCUAAGAAAGAACAGCCAGCCCAACCUCGCUGACAGCUUCAAGAGAACGGCCCUGAUGAAGGCAGUCCAGCAGGAGCAGGAAGAAUGUGUUGCUGUUCUGCUGGAACACGGUGCCGACCCCAAUCUGGCAGACGCGGACGGCAACACUGCCCUUCACCUGGCUGUCCUGUCUAAAAACACAGCUGUAGCAGGGCUGUUACUGGAGCAUCAUGCCAAGAGUGAUGCUCAGAACCAGUGGGGAUUUACCCCCUUGAAACUUGCAGCCUUGCAACAGCAUGAGGAGAUUGUGGAGUGCCUUGUGAAAAAAGCAGCUGUCAGGCACGCUCAAGGCCAGUGGGAAAGGACUGCUCUUGUGGUUCCUGGAAGCCAUGAGGCUCACCUGGAGGAAGAUAAUCUGCGCUUGCAGGAGGAGUUGGACAGGGCUGACGUGGAG